AUGGAGGCUCUAAAUAUAAUCCUUGGUUUAUGUAUAGUGAUAACUCAAGUAAUAUUAUUUUCUCAAGCAAAACCAUUACCAAGCCAUCAAAUUGGUUCAAGCUCAUCAGACGUAGACCCGUGGAGUUCCGAGCCACUGCUAGGAGCCUGCAAUUUGGAUUUACCUCACCUAGGCGAAGCCAUCCAGCCAAUCCUUGACGCCAUCCAGGAUGAACAAAAAAUUCAAGAAUUCGUAGAUAUAAUUGGUAAGGACGUCCCGAGAGGACAGCGUAUGGAGCUAAUGGAGAAAUGGGCAGAAGAACAAGGAGGAAAUAUUUGGAAUGCAUACCAGCAACAACUAUCAGAAUGGAAAAAGCAAAAGAUGGAAUGGAAUGCGAGACUCAAAGGACGUUUCACGCGCCUUUCGGAACCAGCAAAAAGAAUCGUCGAGAGGCGCCUCAAAAUUGAGAACGAUCCGACAAUAAAUGAAUUCCAAAGUGCUCUUGAAAUAGAUACACUGAUGGCAAGAACAGAUCUUCGAGUAGCAAUGGAGGUGUAUGAACUUGCUGAGUGGCUGGCGAAUAGUCGCAAAGAAAAUAUUGCAUUCAACAUCUUUGAGGAUCUACAACGAGUGACAUAUGAACUAGGCAGAGUUGAGAAAGACGUUCAGAUAGCAGAAAAUCUCAUACGGCAACUUGGCACGGAUCUUUCUGAAGAACAGAUCCUUAUGAAUGAAAAAGACGCUAUUGGAGAAGCAUUUAAUAUCAGACAUGGUGGCUGGGGAUAUUGGGAACACUUACCGGACGGAUUUAGAACAAAUCGGUUAGGGAUGAGGAACGAGGUUGUGGAUAUAGAUCAGCCCAAGAAAUCAAAUAACACUGCGACCAUAUAUAUAUCUAUAGCUGAGCCAAAGUACCAAAAGCACAAUUCUAUAUAUAAGCCUGUCAAGAAAAAGAAACCAAUUUACCCGAAAAAAGUUUCGCAUACAGUUCAGAGGAAUUCAUCAAAGAAAGCAAGGAAGUCUCAAGAAGAUCUCUUGGAUCUAAAGAUCCCAAUUACUCACGAUGGUUCAUUAACGGAUGAGCAAAUUAAGGCAAAGGUCAAUCAAUGGUUAGCUCAACAUAAGCUGAACAUUUAA